AUGAAGAGCAGUGACGUGGAGAAGACGGCUUUCAAGACUCACCAAGGGCACUACGAGUUCUUGGUAAUGCCUUUCGGACUCACUAACGCGCCUUCCACCUUUCAAAGCGUUAUGAACGACCUCUUUAGACCACAUCUGAGGCGGUUUGUAUUAGUCUUUUUCGACGACAUCCUUGUGUACAGCCUGGAUAUCGGAACUCACCGGAGGCAUCUGAGAACCGUGUUGCAGUUGAUGAAACAGCAUCACUUUUAUGCAAAUGCCCAGAAGUGUUCCUUCGGAGAAGAUGAGGUAGCUUACUUGGGACACCGUAUCUUUGCGGCAGGAGUUGCAGCAGACCCGGAGAAGAUUGAGGCCAUGAUAAAAUGGCCGGUGCCACGCUCAGUGACAGAACUCAGAGGGUUUUUGGGACUAACUGGGUAUUAUCGUAGAUUUGUGAAGAAUUACGGGUUAAUAGCCAGACCAUUGACGGAGUUGCUAAGGAACAAUGGAUUUACUUGGUCGGAGAAGGCGACUGAGGCGUUUCAAGCAUUGAAGGCAGCAGUGACUACUCUACCUGUGUUGAUUCUACUUGAUUUUUCCAAACCUUUCACAAUUGAGACUGACGCGUCAGGUGCAGGUAUUGGCGCGGUGCUGUCUCAGGAGCGAAGACCCAUUGCGUUUCUGAGCCAGGCCUUCUCAUCUCAAGGGAGAGUUAAGUCAGUAUAUGAAAGAGAAUUACUGGCAAUUGUGAAAGCGACUACAACUUGGAAGCACUAUUUGACUGGUAGAGAGUUCAUCAUCAAGACGGAUCAGAGCAGUCUGAAACACUUGUUGGACCAGAAGGCGGUGUCAUCGGUACAACAACGUUGGGCUGCAAAGUUGAUUGGGUUGAACUAUAAGAUUGAAUACAAACCUGGUGUGGAGAACAGAGUUGCCAACGCGCUGUCAAGAAGAGCACCAUCGGAAGAAUUUCAGCAGCUCAAGCUUACGGCUCCUUUAUCUAUCGAUAUGGAGGAGUUAUGA